CCUCAAGUCCUAGAGCCACUCCUUCAUCUCCUUCAGAAGAAAGAGCUCUGUCAUGUAGCUGCACCAGCUCUCUUGCCCAGUAUCCAGAAAAUGCUUUUUCUCACAAUUCUGCUGUUUUUCUUCUCUCAAAUGUCUCAGCAGACACAGAAAACUACUGCAAAUGGCAAAGAGAUGGUGUCCAAUCCCAAGCUUGUACUGGUUCAGGGGACUUUGAAUGUGGUGGUGAAGCAGAAUGUGACCCUCUCCUGCCUCUCUGAGCCUGGAUCCCCACCUGUCAGAUACACACUGUUCAAGCACAACCAGCAGGUAUCUGCUUCCAACAGGUCAGACUUGAGCCCUGCACUGUUCACCCUGACCAUCAGCUCUGCCAGCGACGUGGGGGAGUACAAGUGCAAAGCUGAGUACAACAACUCCAGUGGUGGAAAAUACAGCAACAGCCUCAGCUUCACCCUGCUAGAGCCCAUUUCCAAACCAGUGCUGAGCUCCCCCACCUCUCAGGCAAAGAAAGGCCAGAACGUGACCCUGUCCUGUUUCUCGGAGAACGGAUCCCUUCCCAUCACCUACCUGUUCUUCAAAGGAACACAAAACAUUUCUCCCCAAAAGACAAUGCAGAAGAGGGAAGCAGCUGUGAUUUUUCUAUUUAUCAAUUCCCUUAGUGACUUUGGGACCUAUAAAUGCAAAGCUAAUAACAGUUUUCCCAAUAAUACAAAAUACAGCAACAGUUUCAACUUUACAUUAGCAGCAGAAGAGAGAAGCCAUUCUCAGACCCUGAUAAUUUCUCUUGGGCUGAUCCUGCUCCUACUCGUAAUAGGACUUGCUCUGGCAAUUCCAUUUUUCCUAAUUCCUUUGUACAAAGCAAAAAAAUUUAAGUCUACCAGGCCCUCAACUGGCCUUACUUCAAUACUGAAUGCAGAGGAGUCUGAAAAUGAAGUGAUAUACUCAGAGAUUGAGCCUGUUAGACCAGAAGAAGAAUACAUCAACUUCUCCGUUAUUAGAAGAGAAGAGGAAAAAGCAGGGAAGAGGCCAUGUGCUACAGUCUAUUCAAAGGUCCUCAUCAGAGACUGAAUACCAGGCAACUGGAAGACCCAGAUUUGACAGAAAACAGAAGCACCACCAUGUUUGAGCAGAACUGUGUGCAGAGAAACCACUGAGUCCGUGACAAUGCUGAAACCAGUUCAGGCAAAGAUGUCUAAGAAAAUCCCUUUAUU